AGCCUAAUUGACAGCCAGGCUACUGCGCAUGGUAAUAUCACCCCACCCAUGUCCUAUUGAUAGGGGCUCUCCCUGUUUUGACAGUGCACGUGAGGGUCAUUCAUGGAUAACAACGUUGAGAAAAAUGGCUGAUCCAGAGCUAUGCCUUGAGAUGGGAGGUUAUGAUGCAGACUCUUUUGUUGAUCCUCCAGACCCAGAGCUUAUUUGUACCAUAUGUCAGGGUGUUCUUAGAUGUCCAGUGCGGGCACCUUGCCAUCACAUCUUCUGCAAAAAGUGCAUAUUACAGUGGCUGAAAAGGCAGGAGACGUGCCCUUGUUGUCGAAAGCCAAUCAAUCAUAACUUGAUAUUAGUUAUGUACAAAUUGAGCAAGUCAAUUGGCCGCAUGAAGAUUAAGUGCAAGAAUGAGAUCCGUGGCUGCCGUGCUACUUUUCCACUGGCCGAGCAAUACUGCCACAGCCUGGGCUGCGUGUACGAGCUGGUGGGGUGCCCGUACCGUGGGUGCCGCGCCCAACUGCUGCGUCGCGACCUGGAGACCCACGCGCGCCACUGCGAGCACUGGAGCCAGCCCUGCCACAUGGGAUGCGGAGCUCAGCUGAGCCAGGGCACGCGGGCACAGCACAACUGCUACCAGCAGCUGCGGCUGCAGCAUGAGGCACAGCGGCAGAGCCACCGCGCCGUCGCCAUCGCACUCCAGAGGAAGAUGCGGCGCAUGCAGAAGGCCAUGGCACACAUGAAGGAGCAGAUCACCCUGAUCUGUGAGAGCCUGGAGGUGAUGGAUGAGCAACAGGAGGGAGAGGAUGAGGGCAGCAACAGUGAGAGAGACACCAUUAGGUGCUUCUGAAGAAUGCUCUGUGGACUAGACUGGAAUGAUUUGUCAUGUUGCAUUCAAAGUUUUUUUUGUCAUAAACACAUGUAAAGUGUACCAAAUACAAUGACAUUCUUACAUGAGUGCUUCUUACAGGCUAGACAGUUAAUAAUAGGAGUGCAAUACUGCAACAGAAAAAAUAUCAUCAGAAAACUAAAAACAGAGACAGCAAUAGAAGUGUAAUUGAGUGUGUUGUAUUGAAAAGUCUAAUGCCAUUGGAAUUGACACUUAGAAUAACAGUAAGUGAGUAGGCUAUCUAGGCCACAGAAAGAGGCCUAGCCUAUUUGUCAUAUGUCAUAGAUAGUGCUGUGACAAACUUUUCAACAAAAAUAAAAUAAAUAUAUAUAUUUGAAUUAA